ACUUUCGCAUCUUUAUUCCCUUUCUGUUCACUCUUUGAAAUUACUUCCCCCCAGCCCACACUCCUCCAUUAUCCCUCCGCCGCCAUGUCCCCGUCCUCCGAACACCACGGCGGAAACCAUCGCUUUCCCGGGGAAGAAAUCAACGGCUUCGGCAAUGGCCAAGCGGAAAUGUCCGCUCCUUCCACGGCCUCCUCGUCAGCGGUGCGCUGCAUCGUCGACUCAAUUCCGUCGAAGGAGCGGGAGAAGCUCCGGAGAAUCCUCGUCGCCUCGGCGAAGGGUUUCUCAAUCGGAGCCGGCCUCAAGGGAGGCCUCGCUCUCUUCGCGAUCUUGGCGCGAUUGACGCGCAAAAAGCCGCCAAGGAAGGGAAUUGUGGUUUCGAACGGCGAAGCGAUUGUGGCGGCUCUGAAGGAAACGCUGAGAUACGGUUUGUUUCUCGGAACCUUCGCCGGAACGUUCGUGUCCACCGACGAGGUUAUCGGUGCUCUCGCAGGUCAUCGCAGGACAGCAAAGUGGAGGGCUCUGGUUGCCGGGGCGGUUGCAGGGUUGUCCAUGCUUCUAACGGGGUUAGAAGAUCAGCAUACGAGUUUGGCCAUUUACAUUCUCAUGCGUGCAGCUGUUUUGGCGUCUCGUUGUGGGAUUAAGAGCAAACGAUUUGGGAAAAUCUGCAAGCCUCUCACGUGGAAGCAUGGUGACAUUUUCCUCAUGUGUCUAUCCUCCUCACAAAUAUUGUCUGCUUAUAUAUUAAAGCAAGACAGUUUGCCAGCUUCAUAUAAAUCCUUUCUCAAUAAACAUGGUGGAAAGGAUCUAGUUAUCUUACAAGGUGUAAAAGAUAUAGCUAGUGGCAAGCCUUUCACUAAUUUGGGUGCAAUAGAGAAAUACUACAAGACCAUGGGUGUCAAUGUGAAAUUAGACCCAAAUAUGAAAGUCCCAUGCUCGAUUGUACAUGGGAAUCAAUCAUGCAGCGGACACAUCCUUUCGUUUCUCGUUCAAGCUUACCAAAGAGCACUACCUGUUUAUCUUCCAGUUUACCUAAUACCUGCACUUAUAGUUCAUAGAAAAGGACUUUUAAAAAGUGGCACAUAUGCUGGUUUUGUCAUGAAAAGGGCUUCCUUGGAGGCUUGGACAAUUAAUUAUUCCAUGCCUUACACAAUAUUAGCCAAGGGUCUUUUUGGCACUGCAAGAUCAAGCUUGUUUCUGUCUGUGUAUUGUGCUUCUGCUUGGAUGUGGACGUGCUUUCUUUUCAGGAUUUUGAAAAGAUGUAACAUUCCAAUGGUGGCCAUGGGAACGUUCCCAACUGGCCUUGCAUUGGCCAUUGAGAAGAAAAGCAGGCGAAUAGAAAUAUCAUUAUACUGCCUUGCCCGGGCUAUCGAGAGUUUCUUCACAUGCAUAGCGGAUGCAGGAUAUCUGCCACAAUCAAGAAGGAUCAAGAGAGCUGAUGUUGUGGUUUUCAGCUUGUCAACAGCCAUCAUAAUGCAUUGUUAUGCAGAGGAGAGGGAAGUGUUUAGAUCCAAAUACUUAAAUGUCCUUGAUUGGGUAUUUGGUGUACCUCCUCCUCCUUGUGAAACCCCACGAUGCAAAGAUGGGUAGGCACAAGUGCUAGCCCAGAAGGGUGGGUAUUUUAUCUUGAAAAAUUGCCCUUGACUUGGUAGUUUAUACAUGAUUUUUUACCUUCUCAAAUUCAUUGGUGGCCUUGAACCUGAAUUUUGCACCAGGAAACACACUUUCUAACGCAUUAUUUCCAGCACAUUUUUUUUAUUGGUUGUAAUUCAUGCGUUUCUAAAUAAUCAAUGAAAUUCUUUAAAUAGAAACCCAUAUCAUUUAAUGUAA